AUGGAAUCAUUGAAAUGCCCUAUCACGCAAGAAUUAUUCCUGGAUCCAGUAAUUGGUGACGACGAUCACACCUAUGAACGUGAAGCUAUUACUGAAUGGUUAAACAAAAAUGGAACAAGUCCUAUCACACGACAACAGAUGAGUAUUAACUCAUUACGAACAAACUAUGCGGUGAAAAGGAUGAUUCAAGAAUUGAACUCCAUAGUACAACCGCAGCAAAUUCAAUAUCAAUAUCAACUCGAUGUAGAUAUAAGAAAAACUAGAUCAAAACCGAUAUUUCAAGCAUUUGGAAAGAUGAUCUAUGAAGUGGAAUGGAUUAAUCGUACAGGUCCACCAAUUAUUCUUCUCAAAAUUGCAGGAGCCAAAGCCAUUCAAGAAGCAUCAUUCUAUGUUCGGUUGAGUUGUCAUCCUUAUAUUGUUCGAACAUUUGGUCUCGUUCAGUGCAAUCCAGGUUCAAUUAUGCUUCUACAAGAAUGUGCUCCACAUGGUGAUCUUAGUGAACUAUUACAAGAAAAUGAAUUUAAACCAAAUGAGAGAGUUCUCAUGAGAGUAUUUGAACAAAUAUGCGAUGCUAUGAUAUGCUUAGCUGAUAACGACAUUGUCCAUGGAGAUUUAGCAUGUAGAAAUGUUCUUGUUUUUCAAUAUAAUGCAACUGAUCCAGAUGAAACCUUAGUUAAACUAACAGAUUUCGGUUUAACACGAGGAAGCAAGUUAUACUCAAUUGUUGAUAGUUCCUCCAUGUCAACAAUGACCAUCAUCCCUAUACGAUAUGCUGCUCCGGAGAUUCUACGUGAUCCAAAUAAAUCAAACUAUUCUGAGAAAUCAGAUGUUUAUUCUAUUGGUGUUUUGAUGUGGGAAGCUUGCGCUUUUGGUGAAUUACCUUAUUCUUCGUUACAUGAUGACAAUGAUAUCCGAAGACGAAAGUUAAAUAAUGAAAGACUUCAACAGCCAACUUCGUGUAGUCAUGAAUUAUGGAAGAUUGUCAAUGACUGUUGGUAUCCUGAUCCAAAGGAUCGGCCGGCGUUCAAAAGUUUGAAAAGGUCAUUGUUGACUGUUCAAAGUCAAUCAGCAUACACGUAUGUUUUAGAUAUUUAA